GGAAGUGGAGCGGUGAUGGCGGCGGGGCCGGGCCGGGCUUCCCCGGGAACGGGCUGGAGUUCCCCGGGAGCGCCCUGGGGUUCCCUGGGAGCGCUCCGCAGUUCCCUGGGGGUGCUCCGAGCGCUGCUGGUGGCCGCGCUGGCGGCGGGCUGCUGCCGCGGGAACUCGGUGCACCGCAAGAUUUACAUCGCGCUGAACCACACGGCGCCCUGCGUGCGCCUGCUCAACGCCACGCACCAGAUCGGCUGCCAGUCCUCUCUGAGCGGGGACACGGGCGUGAUCCACGUGGUGGAGAAGGAGGAGGACCUGGAGUGGGCGCUGUCCACGGGCCCCCACCCGCCCUACAUGAUCCUGCUGGACGGGAGCCUCUUCUCCAGGGAGGUUUUGAUGCAGCUGAAGGGAACCUCCCGGAUUUCAGGCCUGGCUGUGGCCGCUGCCUCUCCUGCCCCUCCCCGAGGGUUUUCCCCAGGAUUGAAAUGUCCCAACGAUGGAUUUGGGGUUUACUCGGACGCCUACGGGCCGCAGUUCGCGCACUGCAACGGCUCGCAGUGGAACCCGGGCGGCUCCGGGCUCUCCUACGAGGAUUUCCCCUUCCCCAUCUUCCUGCUGCAGGACGCCAACGAGACCCAGCUCAUCAAGGAGUGCUUCCGGGCGCACAACGUGCCGCGCGGGCCGGGCGCGCCGCCGCAGUUCCCGCUCUGCGCCAUGCAGCUGCAGGCGCACAUGCACGCCGCCGCCAGCACCGUCACCUGCAUGCGCCGCAGCUCGCUGCAGAGCGCCUUCAGCAUCAACCCAGAGAUCGUGUGUGACCCCCUGCUGGAUUACAACGUCUGGAGCUCCCUGCAGCCCAUCAACGCCUCGGGGCGGCUGCAGCCCGGCCAGCGCCUCGUCCUGGCGGCCACGCGGGUGGACAGCCACUUGUUUUUCUGGAACAUUUCCCCGGGUGCCGAGGCCGCCGUCGGUUCCUUCGUGGCGCUGCUGGCGGCGGCGCAGGCGCUGCAGGCGGCCCCGGGCUCCCAGCAGCUGCCCCAGAACGUCCUCUUCGUCUUCUUCCAGGGGGAGACCUUUGAUUACAUCGGCAGCUCCCGCCUGGUGUUUGACAUGGAGCAGGAGAAGUUCCCGCUGCGCCUGGAGAACAUCGCGGCCUUCCUGGAGCUGGGCCAGGUGUCCCUGAGGAACAGCUCCGUGCUCUGGAUGCACACGGAUCCCGUCUCCCGCCGGAACGAAUCCGUGGAAUCCCAGGUGCAGAAUCUCCUGGCCGUGCUCCGGAGCAGCGGCUCCGGCUCCAACGUUUCCCUGCAGGAGCCGGGGGUGUCCCAGCCCCUCCCCCCCUCGUCAUUCCAGAGGUUCCUGAGAUCCCGGAGCAUCCCGGGGGUGGUGCUGAGCGACCACCGGGCCGCCUUCCACAACAGGUACUUCCAGAGCAUCUACGACACGGCCGAGAGCAUCGGGAUGCGUUAUCCCGAGGGGCUGAGCCCCGAGCAGCAGCUGGAAUUCGUCACCGGCACCGCCCAGGCCCUGGCCGAGGUGGCCACGCUGGUGGCCCGGGCUCUGUUCACCCUGGCCGGGGGAACCGCCGGCACCGAGAGCAUCCGGGCGGACCCCAGAACGGUCACGCGGCUGCUCUACGGAUUCCUGCUCAACUCCAACAACUCCUGGUUCCAGUCCCUGAUCAAGCCCGACCAGAAGGGAAUCCUGGGCCCUUUUCCCCAGCACUACGUGGCCGUGUCCAGCCCCACCAACACCACGCAGCUGCUGCAGGCGGUGCUGGGCAACCUGACCGGGGCCAGCGUCAACCUGAGCCGGGAGCAGUGCCAGGAUCCCGGGAAAACCCCGGGGACACAGCCCGAGCUGUACGAGUACUGGUGGGUGCAGGGCCCCCUGGACGGGAAUUCCUCGUCCCGGAUUCCCGGCUGUGUGCGCUCCGCCGUCCGGCUGUCCCCCGCGCUGUCCCCGGCCUUCGAGCUGCGCCGCUGGGAUUCCCGGGAAUUCUCCACCUGGACCGAGAGCCGCUGGAAGGACAUCCGGGCGCGCAUCUUCCUGGUGGCCAGCAGGGAGCUGGAGCUGCUGACGCUGGCCCUGGGCGUGCUGGUGCUGCUCCUGUCCCUGCUCUGCACCUUCCUCAUCAGCUCCAAGGCCUCGCUGCUCUUCGGCCUCCCGGCCCCGCCCGGCCCCUCCGGCUACUGAAAAUCCCGGGAAAAACGCCUGGAAAAGCCUCGGGAAUCCCCCCCGGAGCUCCCGGCGCUGCAGAUGCCAGAGGUGUUCCCAGGAAAGCCGGAAUUCCGGGUGGGAUCGGUGCCCUGGGGGUAGAAUUCCAGGUGGGAUCGGUGCCCCGGAUGGGAAAUUCCCAAAAUUCCCAUUGGGAUUUGAUACCCUGGGGGAGAAUUCCCGGAAUUCUGGGUGGGAUCCGCUGUCCUGGGUGGGAAAUUCCCAAAAUUCCCAUUCGGAUCCAGUGCACUGAGUGAAAAUUUCCCAUUUGGAUUCGACGCCCUGAGUGAAAAAUUCCCAGAAUUCUCAUUAGGAUUCUAAGCCCUGAGUGAAAAAUUCCCAGAAUUCCUGGUGCCCUGAGUGGCAAAUUCCCAAAAUUUUCCAAGACUUCCCAGCUGGAUCCAUCCUGUUUCCCGGGGUGGAGCUUUUCCCAAAAUCCGGAUAAAGGAAGGAUAAAGGGGGUAGGGUUUUUUGGGAAUUGUGAGGAAUUCCAGGGGGUCUGAGAAUGUCCCAGUGGAAAAAGUUCCUUUUUUUCCCUGGGAUUUGUAAAUAUUAUAAAUAAAUCCAUGGAAUUCCCAA